AUGAAAGCUCAAUUCUUCAGGCUUGUGGCCGCACUAGCAUUCUUAUGCCAGGCCUUGUCUAUGUCGAAUAACUUGACACAUUCUGUGACCUGGGAUGAAUACAGCUUGAUAGUGAAUGAUGAAAGAGCUUUUAUCAAUGCCGCCGAAUUUCAUUAUCAGAGACUGCCUGUCCCUGAGAUGUGGCUAGAUGUCCUGCAAAAGUUCAAAGCAAAUGGCUUCAACGCGAUCAGCGUCUAUUUCUUCUGGAGUUAUCAUUCGGCUUCGAAAGGUGUCUUUGACUUUGAGACUGGUGCACAUAAUGUGCAACGACUAUUUGAUAUGGCCAAAGCGGCUGGGCUGUGGGUUAUUGCUCGGCCAGGCCCAUACGUUAACGCACAGACAAACGCCGGUGGUUUUGCUCUCUGGGGGUCUGAUGGGUCGAUGGGUACACUACGGACAUCAGAUGCCGCGUAUUACCAAGCAUGGCUUCCCUAUAUGACAAAGAUCGGGCAAAUCAUUGCGGCAAAUGAGAUUACAAAAGGAGGACCUGUUAUCCUGUGUCAGGUUGAAAACGAGCUGCAAGAGACCAGUCACAACCCCAACAAUACUCUCGUUCUCUACAUGGAGCAACUGAAGACUGUACUCAAGCACGCUGGUGUAACAGUCCCUACGACCCAUAAUGAAAAGGGUAUGAGGUCGCAGUCCUGGUCAAGGGAUUACCUAAAUGUUGGUGGCGCAGUGGACAUUUACGGGCUAGAUAGCUAUCCUGGGGGGUUUCUCUCUGGAAACAACUGCAAUGCUGCUACUGGAUUCAAUGUUGUUCGGACAUAUCAUCAGUGGUUUAUGAACUAUUCUUGGACUGGACCAGUCUAUCUCGCCGAAUUUGAAGGCGGUCGUACUUUGCCUUGGGGUGCACCGCAGAAUUAUGACGACUGCCGGAACGAACACAGCACAAACUUUGCGGACAUAUACUACAAGAACAACAUCGGCCAACGGGUAACCUUACAGAGUAUCUAUGAGGGCUAUGGGGGCACGAAUUGGGGCCAUUCUGCAUGCCCAGUCGCAUACUCUAGCAAUGACUACAUGACUCCGCUCCGAGAGACUCGCGAACAAUGGGCCAAACUCUGGCAAACGAAGCUAGUGCAACUAUUUUCGGGAUCAAGUCCUGAUUUACUCAAGACUUACAUGCAGGGAAACGGCUCUGGCUACAGUCUUUCAUCGACGGAUUGCUUCAGUUGGGUCUUGAGGAACCCAGAUACUGGAGCGACUUUUUCCGUGUUGCAGCAGGCUAGAACUCCAUCGACUUCGAUUAUCACGUUCUCGGCCUACUUGAACACGAGUUUUGGCAACGUGACAGUUCCAGGUGUUCAGUUAGCAGGAAGACAGAGUAAGAUUUUGGUUACUGACUACAAGUUCGGUAACCAGACACUUCUCUAUUCAUCCGCGGACGUGCUUACAAACGGUGAAUUCCCCGGCCAUGAUAUGCUGGUGCUAUAUCUGUGGGAAGGUCAGGCCGGGGAAUUAGCCUUAAAAACGUCGACAAACUUGACCUUUGAGAUACACGGCGCGUCUUCCGUGAAUACAACAUUCAGUUCUGGCUACCAGAUAAUCAGAUAUACGCAAUCUGCUGGCUCCACGGUUCUCAGUUUCUCAAGCGGAGUCACCGUGCUAUUGCUUGACCAACCCACAGCCUGGUAUUUUUGGGCUCCUUCAACAACCACUUACCCGUCCCCUAAGCCAGAUCAGAAAAUCUUUGUUCUCGGGCCGUAUCUGGUUCGUUCUGCGUCAAUUAGCAGUCGAGUACUCCAUGUUUCUGGAGACAAUAAUGGAACCACGACCUUGGAGGCCUUUGUCGGCGAUGUGCCGAUCAAUGCCAUUGAGUGGAACGGCCAGCGACUUGCUACAACAAAGACACCAUAUGGCUCUUUCACCGCCCAGAUCCCUGGGACGGAAGACAGAUCAGUAUCGCUUCCGUCCCUACAAAACUGGCGAUCCGCAGACUCGCUCCCAGAGACUCGGCCCGAGUAUGAUGAUUCAAAUUGGAUUACUGCGAACAAAACAAGCACACUCAGUCCUUAUGCCCCACUUACCCUACCAGUUUUGUUCAGCUCCGAGUACGGCUACUAUACCGGGGCGAAGGUUUACCGUGGCUACUUUGAUGGGAACAAUCAAACCGCUAUCAAUAUCACCGCCUCCGGUGGCUUUGCAUUUGGAUGGAAUGCGUGGCUUAACGGACAACUCAUUGGAGGCCACUCAGGAGAUCCUGACUUGACGACUACAGGUAUGGCUUUGGACCUUCCAGCCUCGCUUAUAAAGUCGGAAGAUAACGUUGUCACGGUUUUGGUGGAUUAUCAUGGCCACGACGAGACUUCAACAGCGAAGGGAUUGGAGAAUCCCAGAGGGAUUCUCGGCGCGUACCUAAUUCCAGGCAAUCCAUCGACCGCAACAGGAUUUAAGGUGUGGAAAAUCCAGGGUAAUGCUGGUGGCUCGAGAAACAUCGAUCCAGUCCGUGGACCAAUGAAUGAGGGUGGACUCUAUGGCGAACGCCUAGGCUGGUUCCUCCCUGGCUUUAAUGCAUCUGGCGAAUUGUUUAACAGCUCCAGCCCAAUAGAUGGCAUCACGACGUCUGGUGUACGUUUCUACGUUACUAACUUCCGGCUGAAUAUCGACAAAGACCUAGACGCGCCUCUUGGAGUAUCCCUGUCUUCGCCAAACGGCACAAUCGCGCGCGUAAUGCUCUGGGUUAAUGGGUAUCAAUACGGGAAAUAUGUGCCUCACAUAGGCCCCCAGACAGAGUUUCCUAUCCCCCCAGGCAUAAUCAACAACCGGGGGAGGAACACGCUGGCUCUCAGUCUGUGGGCGCAGACCGAUGAAGGAGCGAGACUGGACAGUGUUGAACUGUUCACAUAUGGGUUGUAUCAGACCAACUUCAAUUUCAAUCAUGAUUGGAGUUAUCUACAGCCUGAAUGGGAGGAAAGAAGCAGGUAUAUGUCAUAA